AUGGCCAAAUCCAAAAAAGAAAAACAGAAUCCACCAGCUACUCCUAGCAGCCUCUUCGCAGCAAAAGUCGACUCAGUCGACCCUGCUCUAGCCUCGUUAUUUGCUGCCAGUUCUGGCCCGGUUAAAAUACCGAAAAAGAAACCACAGCCAGCACCGGAACAUGUCGCUGGUGACGAGACCUUGCUGGAGAGCGAGAGCGAAGCUGCAAAAAAUGGAGACACGCAUGCUGAGGCGAAAGAGGAUGUUUCAGCACCAAUUGUCGACGAUGGCGAGAGGCCUCGAAAACGCAAGCGUGCAAAGGAGUUAGAUGACUUGGAAGAAAAGUACUUUGAACGUCUUGAGCGCGAAGAAGAGAAGGAGCGGCAGCAGAAGAAGCCGCGACAGGGCCAUGAGACCCACCAAAGUUCCAGCGAUCACGACUCUCUUCAUUCUGACCUUGAAGAUAUCUCCGAUGAGGAUACUGUGCCGGCGCUGGAAGACAUGCCGCGGCACGAAACACUAAUCCAACAGUCGGCUGAUGAGAGCAGAAUUAGCAGAACUGUCUUCUUAGGAAAUGUUUCAACGGAGGCCAUCAAAUCCAAGGCCGCACGACGAAUUCUAGAAAAGCAUCUACAAUCAGCUCUGAAAGAAUCAAAAGACGGGGAAACCCCAGAAAAGCUUGAGUCUGUAAGGUUCAGGUCGACUGCUUACGCCAGUGGUUCUGGCCCAAAGAAAGCCACGUUCGCAAAGAAAGAACUGAUGGAUGAGACAACGGUCAGUACCAAUGCGUAUGCCGUCUUCACGACGGAAAAUGCUGCGAAGCGAGUUGCGAAGAAGCUUAAUGGCACUAUUGUACUGGACCGACAUCUCAGGGCCGAUUAUCUCGGUCAGCCAUCCACAACGGAUCAUAAGAGAUGUGUCUUCAUCGGCAACCUGACUUUCGUAAACCAAGAGGGUGUUACGCAGGAUCAGGAUGAUGAACAGCAACGUCGACCCAGGGCCAAGGAGCCAGCAGACGCCGAAGAAGGGCUGUGGCGAACGUUUGGCAAAGUAGGCAAGGUGGAAAGUGUUCGGGUAGUGCGAGACCAAGAAACACGAGUCAGCAAAGGGUUUGCCUAUGUACAGUUCGAAAGCGAGAAUAGUGUGGAAGCUGCUCUGCUGUUGAACGAGAAGAGAUUUCCGCCCAUGCUUCCCAGGAAACUGCGAGUCAUGAGAGCGAAGAAGACGAAACAAUCCAAAUCAACACGGGUCAAUGCGCAUGACAAGAGCAAGGCACAUACCAAGAGUGGUUCUUUCGCAGACAAAAGGAAGAGUCUCGGAGGCGCUGAUAAGAAAUCGGCCUUUGUCUUCGAAGGCCAUCGUGCCAACAGUUCAGCGAAAUUUGCCCUCACAAGAAAGAAGCAUAAAAAGCGACCUAACACAAGGAGCAGUCGACGAGGAGCCACAUUCAAAGCUGCUGGUGGCAAAAAGCAGAAGAGGCAGGGAUAG